UUGAUUUGACUGUACGUAAUAGUGAUAGUUUGGCUAGUUUUGUUUUGUAAUAAUGAUUUUUACUUUAUAGUAUUAAAUAUAUUGAAAUGUGUUUACAGUGUCACUUAAAUUAACAGCAAAUACUGAGUUAAAAAUUUACUUGUACUUUCACGAUUUUACUUCAUUGCCUGACCUGCAGAAGUAAACCCUCGAAUGGAGCACAUGCAUAUGGAUCACUCUAAUCAUGAUAUGGGCCACGAGGAUCACAUGGAUCACAACUUGGGGCAUAACAUGAUGACGCAUAAGGACCACCUGCUCAACAGCACUCACAUAAUGGGAGAUAAUUUAGAUACCAUGUUCAACGGAACCGAUGACAUGAGCAACAUAGACUAUAGAUCAGACUAUAAUAGCCAUGGAGAUCAUCACGCCAACGGGCAUGGUGACCAUGGAAGCCAAGGUCACGCCGGCGGUCAUGGCAGCGGUGGCCACAUGAUGUCUAUGACAUUUCAUGGGGGCUGCGUAGAAACAAUUCUUUUUUCAUGGUGGAAUGUAACAGAACUUGGAGAAUUCAUUGGUUCAUUUUUUGCAAUAUUUCUAAUGGCUUUACUUUACGAAGGGCUCAAGUAUUAUAGAAAACAUUUGUUAUGGAAAACUUAUACCGGACUUCAGUAUUGUGCUGUGUCUCCUCCUGACAAAGGUGUCUCAAAUAUUUGUGCACCGGAUGAACCACAAGUUAUACAGCCUGUGCCUCAUGUACUCGAGAGAAAUGUACCUACAAUGUUAAGUUCAGCACACGCCUGGCAGACAGUUCUUCACGGAGCGCAAGUGCUCGUGAGUUAUAUGUUGAUGCUGGUGUUUAUGACUUAUAACACAUGGCUGUGCGCGGCGGUUGUGCUCGGCUCAGCCACAGGGUACUUCCUCUUCGGUUGGCGCGAAUCAGUCGUCGUAGACUUCACUGAACAUUGCCACUGAGACACGUAGAUAAUGGGCUAGGCAAACCUCCAAUAUUUAUGUGAAAUAUCAUCUUUAUAAUUUGCACAAAAUUUUAUUUUAAUUUUUCUAUUUAUUUAUAAAGAGUAAGUAUAUAUUCACGGUGAUCAUGAAUAUUGGAGCUUCCCAGGCGUAUUGUUAAUCUGGACUUGAACCUCGCAAGUUUACCUUGGAAACGGCAAACAUAGGUACUCCAUGGUGUAUUAUUGUUAUCAUGUUAAUAGGAGGACAGACUUUGUAUAAGUACGUACUUUUUGGGCAACAAUGUUUAUACCAGUUAUAUAAUUGUAAUUUUUAGGGUUAUCAUAUAC